AUGAGUUACGGCAGGCCUCCCCCCGACGUGGACGGGAUGACGUCUCUCAAAGUGGACAACCUGACAUAUCGCACGUCUCCCGAGACGCUGCGGCGCGUGUUUGAGAAGUACGGGCGCGUGGGUGACGUGUACAUCCCCCGCGACCGCUACACCAAGGAGAGCCGUGGCUUCGCCUUUGUGCGCUUCCACGACAAGCGUGACGCGGAAGACGCAAUGGACGCCAUGGACGGGGCGCUGCUGGACGGACGCGAGCUGCGCGUACAGAUGGCCAGAUACGGCAGGCCGCCAGACGCUUACUACGGAGGCAGUGGGGGAGGAGGUGGAGGGGGGGGAGGAGGUGGAGGGGGGAGACGUGGAACUUCAAGGAGGUCUGGGUACGGCAGGAGGAGCUCGUCUCGCAGUCCCAGGCACCGGCGCCGCUCCAGAGCAAGUCCAAGGCCAUGUCCCGCAGCAGGAGCCGGUCCAGAUCCAGAUCCAGGUCCAAGUCCCGGUCCAAGUCCCGGUCUAGGAGCCGCUCUGUCUCCAGAGCCUCCAGAGCCUCCAGAUCCAAGAGUCCGGAAAAAUCCACAGCGGAGAACGGCGCCUCGCCAUAAACGCAGACAGACGUCAAGGCUGCAGUGUCCUAUGUGGUUGAGGUGUCCCGCUCUUUCCUCAGUUUGCCCCAUUCGUCCAUCUUUAAGGCGCAGGUUGUAG